CCUCAGAAACUAAGCAAGAAGUGAUGAGAAAGUGUGACGUAGACAGAAAGAGGAAAGAAAAAGCUAAGUACAACUAGCCACACACUGUUUCUUUUGUAAAGACUGCUGUCUGAGAUCUGAGCCUGCAAUUGGAUGGAGAUUUAUACGCACCUUCGGACACCUCAGCUUUCUAACAAAGUGUGCUUGCAGAGCCACAAAGCAUUUGUUAAACCGAAUGUCUGAUAAUUACAUUUCACAAUCCACUGAGCUCCAAAGGCAUCCAACUGGUAUCUUAUUAAGAAAGAUAUUGAUUUCUAUGUGAGGAGUUAGAAUUAUCACUAUUAAGGGCUUGUGUUACUUAAUUGAAUUUUCCUUCAUUGCUCAAAAUUUUAGCUGUUGAGGAAUUGGGUUAUAAUAACUGUGAUGCACAGAGCUUUAUUACAAAAUAAAUAUAAAUGCAUAAUAGUUGUUCUUUUUCGGAACAAAAGUUGAAUGUAUAUGAAGUGUCACAGAUGGGCAGCCAGUCGAGUGAAGGAUGUUUGCUGUUGUUCGCACCUAAGCAGAAGCGUUUAAUGUGUACACACAUGUGUAUGUAGGAGUGCGUGGGAUUGAAUUUUCCUCAAGUGUACUGACUCUCUCACCUCACGCUUUCAUGUGCAACCAGUUUUUACCAAUUCAUCCAGCGUAAAACACGCAUGUUUAUCUGACUGAAUGCGAUGCACUCUACACAGUUCUGAGUCUUUGAGAGAGAUGAGAAACUGACAAGAAACACCUACAUGAAUAUAGAAACUCAAGCAGAAGUUCAAAGUGAAAAUCUAACAGUGAAAGCGGAACAGGUGGGAAAGCACAAAGCCAAAGCGAGGAACUCGAAGUCGUUCUGUACGGAUAUGUGAAGACGUUAAGCAGUCAAACUCUUUUUCAGUAUCCACAGCAGUUGAUUGAAUCUGGGAGAGAAUCAUUGAUCUCACUGUGAGGAGGAAAUCUGUGGACAAAAAUCAGUAGCUAGAGUCAAGAAUUUCAUCUACAGUCCAGUUCGAAAAGAAAGCACCUGACGUUUACGAGGACUUCUGCAGGAAAUAGUUGUGUUUUGAUAAAAUACACUGUUUUGACCAGUUGUUCGCAGAUAAGAAUUUGGAAUUGAACUGACACUUCUUGGAAGCAAAAACCUUUAACAAAGCCACAGAUUUUGCCAAAUACUGUGAGGCAAAAGUAAUUUUUGUUUUUGGAAAGCUCCUCCUUGUCGGUGUCUCUUGACCAAACAUUCAAUCCCUCCAAUUAUCUUUCCAUCGCUUUGGAAUAAAACAUUGAAUGUCGCACAGCCACGUACAUGCAGCAUUUACUGAUUUAGAAGUAAUUUGGAUGUAGUCCCAGAAAAGCGCUGGUGGAAGUGGCCUUGAUAAAAGCAUAAGGGCAAGCACAGAAGUGUAAUUUCAUGCUGAGUUCCCUGAAUUAAGCACAUCAAUGGGAACAGGAAAAGAAGAAGUGCUUCACUACAACAUUUCACUUCAAGCACAAAUGGACUUUUUUUUACAUACUGGAAUUCAUUUGUUUUCAUGCCCCACAAUAGACUUGAGAUAUGACAGUUUGGACGUCUUGAGUUUUUUUAGUUAGGUAGGACGAAAUGGACUGUUUGAAAAGCAGAAAAACGGACAGUUUUUAAAGACAUGAGAAAGACUUGUGCAUGUGUCUCUUACCCAGAAAUGCUUUGAACUCAGCAGUUCUCCUGCUGUGAACCUGAGUACGUUUGUAAACUCGUUGGACUGCGAAAGCUAACCGAACUGUCUGUGGGGAUCUGGGAUAUGCUGCUUGGCUGAAGAAGCACAGCUGUUAAUCUGAGUGGGUGAUCUAAGGUGUGUGGGUUCAGACGUCAGGAUGGGGUGUAACAUGUGUGUGGUGCAGAAGCCUGAGGAGCAGUACAGGGUCAUGUUCCAGAGGGGGCAGAUAAAUGGCAUGCUGUGCUCUUUAAAUGGGGAGGUUGGAAUAAAGGUGAACAGAGACCUGACUGGGCUCUCUCCGGAGCAGAGCCUGCAUGCACUGCACUGCCGGAGGAACAUGAGGUGGGGUCCGAGGAGGAAAGCAGCUGUGUCUGGAGCUGCUGGAGGGACGGCGGUAAUGACUGGCUGUGUGGACAGCGGGACGCAGACAGAUAUCAGCUUCCAGCACAUGGUGACAUUAGGCAGACCCGUCCAUCACAACAGACCAGCGUCACCUCCAUCCCCUCCGCUGCCGCCCAUCCCAGAGCCAUACCUCUUCAGCCAGCUCCCUCCUAUUGACCAUGUGUACUACGACCCGACGGACUACUUUGACAUCAGUCAACAUGAGGUGGACAGACAGGAUGACCUGGAGUACGAGGAGGUGGAGCUGUAUAAAUCAUGUCAGCAAGAUAAACUGGGUUUAACGGUGUGUUAUCGCACUGAUGAUGAAGAGGAUCUGGGUAUCUACGUGGGUGAGGUCAACCCUAAUAGCAUUGCUGCUAAAGAUGGCCGAAUCCGUGAGGGAGACAGAAUACUGCAGAUCAAUGGGAUGGAUGUGCAGAACAGAGAGGAAGCGGUGGCCAUCCUGACCAGAGAGGACAGCACCAACAUCUCUCUGCUACUGGCACGACCAGAUAUUGAGAAUGAGGCUGAUGAUCUGGAUCUGGAGUUGGGCGAGGGACUGGAUCUAGAGGACUUGGAAAAUGUCUCGAACUCACCCAGUCCUCAGCACCAAAUUAAAACUAACUCUGUGCUGAGUGACAUCAAUGGGAUCCGAGCUGCUCGGCCCAACUUAUGGCACACUGCACUCAAUAACAGCCAGGAGCUGGACAGCGGGGUGGGUCGCACCGAUGAAAGUACACGCUGUGAAGAGUCGUCAGAGCUGGCCGAUGAUGCCACCAGCACAUGCACGACCAAUGCCACCAAUACACCUGGCAGUUUGCGCAAGUUUCGCGCUGCUCAGCACGGAUGGGAAUUUCACUACAGCAACGACUCGCUGCUGGGGCCAGAUGGGGUGGGAGCGGUGGAUCACGGGGCUCCUGAAUCACUGGGCUCGGUGACUAGCAGUGCGCUGAUGCCAGGGUUAACUGAAGAAGAAUAUGAACGUUACCGAGAGCUACUGGAGAUACGCUGCCUUUACGAGAAGAACGGAAAAGCACUUUUCCUUUUGGAUGGAAGGAACCAUGGUGGAGGAGGAGGUGGUGAUUUUGCAGGAGCAGGUGUUCCUGUAGACAUGAAUUGUAACGAGAGCCUGAUGCAGCAUGAGAUUGCUCUUCUCGAUGAGGAAAUACGUCACCUGGAGUUUAAGUGGCGCAAUGUUUUGCGGGCUCAAAAGAUGCAACAGUUGCGCCAACGUUGCCUGAAGGUCUGGCCAGCUGAUGAAGAUGAUGACGAAGAAAAAGGAGCAAAGGCAAGAGGUGCUGAGGCGAUCCACCACGAUCUGUCGGAUAUCAACGAGAUCCCAGAAAGGGAACGAUCUGAUAAAGAGAGCACAAGUGCUUAUAAUACCGGCGGGGAAAGUUGCAAAAGCACACCUUUGGCAAGUGAACGACACCCUGGAGAUUCCAGUGCCUCUGCAACCAUGCGACCUCGGACGCCCCGUCACAGAACAAGCACAAGUAGGGAUAAGAAUCUAAACGUACCAUCAGAUGUCAAGAAAAAGAGUGAAGAAACAGCGGAAAACAAAAACUCUACUCCAGGAAGGCUCCGGUCGUUAUCCCGGAAUGGCGGGAGUAGUAGAAAGGGCUUGGAUGGAGCACGAAGAGGGUCUCAUGCAAAUGGGACUCUCCCUACGAUCGUGAAAGGUGGAAAGAGUGCAGAAAACAGUCCGUACUUGUCCCGUCGCCACUGCAGUACCACGCUGCCUCAACGCUACCAGAGUUGCAUGCAGUUGAAGGACAUUUCUACAAAUGACAGUCCAGAAGUUAGGGACGCUAAUGAAGAGGCUCCUUCUCACUCAAAUACCUUAACUAGUGCUGCUCCUGUGACUUCUUUGAUUAUACCUCCUCCACUGGCUCCAUCUUCACCUGGAAUGGAGUGGAAGGUAAAGAUCCGCAGCGACGGCUCACGUUAUGUCGCUAAACGUCCAGUAAGAGACCGUUUGCUAAAGGCUCGUGCCAUGAAGAUUCGUGAGGAGCGCAGUGGGAUGACCACGGACGAUGAUGCGGUCAGUGAAAUGAAGAUGGGACGCUAUUGGAGCAAAGAGGAGCGUAAGCAGCAGCUGCUGAGAGCUCGCGAGCAACGGCGACGCCGUGAGUUCAUGAUGCAGAGCCGACUGGACUUCAUGCGGGAGAAAGAGAAGGAUCAAGACUCUGGACCACAGGGACAGGCUUCUAUACUUGAGCUGAGCCAGAAAAAGAGUAUGAAGAAACGCAGCCGACGCAUCCUGGACAACUGGAUCACCAUUCAGGAGCUGCUGGCACAUGGGACCCGUUCUUUAGAUGGGAAGAAAGUGUACAACCCUUUGCUAUCCGUGACCACGGUUUAAUAAUUGGUGUGAAAUAAGACCUUUUAACAAGGAAAUGGUAAAGAUAUUUGGAUUACAGAGUUUACCGAUUAUUUGCAACUGUCUGACA